AUGGAAAAAGCUAACAGCUCGCUGCUAGCUGAAUUCAUCCUCAUAGGCAUUCCCUAUCCACCCGGGCUCAGGACAUUCCUUUUUGUGUUGUUUUUGCUAAUCUACAUGCUGACUCAGUUGGGGAACCUGCUUAUCCUAGUCACUGUCUGGGCAGACCCGCAGCUCCAUGCCCGCCCCAUGUACAUCUUCCUUGGUGUCCUGUCCAUCAUCGACAUGAGCAUCUCUUCCAUCAUCGUCCCUCGCCUCAUGAUGAACUUCACUUCGGGCAUCAAACCCAUCCCAUUCGGUGGCUGUAUCGCUCAGCUUUAUUUCUACCACUUCCUGGGCAGCACCCAGUGCUUCCUCUACACCUUGAUGGCUUACGAUAGGUACCUGGCCAUAUGUCGGCCCCUGCACUACCCUGUACUCAUGACUGCUAAGCUGAGUGCCUUGCUCGUGGCUGGAGCUUGGGUGGCUGGCUCCAUCCAUGGGGCUCUCCAGGCUAUACUAACCUUUCGCCUGCCCUACUGUGGGUCCAAUCAAGUAGAUUACUUCUUCUGUGACAUCCCUGCAGUUCUGAGGCUGGCCUGUGCUGACACCUCGGUCAACGAGCUGGUGACCUUUGUGGACAUUGGGGUGGUGGUGGCCAGCUGCUUCUCCUUGAUCCUCCUCUCCUAUGUCCAGAUCAGUCGGGCCAUCCUGAGGAUCCGGACAGCUGAUGGGCGGCGCCGGGCCUUUUCCACUUGUGGAGCCCAUGUCACCGUGGUCACUGUGUACUACGUGCCCUGUGCCUUCAUCUACCUGAGGCCUGAAACCAGCAGCCCCCUGAGCGAGGCAGCUGCUCUGUUCCCCACAGCCAUCACGCCUUUCCUCAACCCCCUCAUCUACACUCUGCGGAACCAGGAGGUGAAGCUGGCCCUGAGGAGAAUGAUAGGGGGCUCAAGGGCAAAGAGUGAGCUUUGA